AUGAACGGCACCUCGCUGAGCCCCACGCGCUCCCUGCCGGCAGCCACCCGGCCCGGGGACGCCGUCCUGGGGGCCUGCUGCACCCUGGCGAGCGGGGGCGCGGGGGGCCUGGCGGCGCAGAGCGAGCAGCUGAGCCCGCACUUCAUGAAGGUCGCGGUGCUCUGCGUGCUGUGCCUCACGGUCGCCUUCGGCAUCUUCUUCCUGGGCUGCAACCUGCUCCUCAAGUCUGGCAGCAUGAUCAGCCUGCUGGGGAAGGACCGGAGAGCCUCCAAGGAGGGGGACGUGGGGCUCGGUGGCACCUAG